GUCGCGGUGAAGGUCAUGAGCAAGGCGAAGAUUCUCGACAUCAACGAGACGGAGCACGUCGUGCGAGAGAGCUCGAUCAUGAAAGCCGUGUGUCGACACCCGUUCAUCGCGACGAUGACCGAGUCGUUCCAGACUCCGAGCGCGCUUUGUAUCGUGAUGGAAUACGCCGCGGGGAAGGAUUUAUUCUUCUUGCUUCACGAGGUCGGCUCGUUGUCGCUGUUUCAAACUAGGGCGUACUUCGUGCAGGUCGUCUUAGCGCUCGAACACGUCCAUCACAAAGGCUUCGUGUAUCGCGACUUGAAGCCGGAGAACUUGCUCGUGCGCGAAGACGGGUACCUGCGGCUGACGGACUUCGGGUUCGCGAAGGCGUUGAAGCCGGGCGAGCGCGCGUACACCGUCUGCGGGACGCCGGACUACCUCUCUCCAGAGGCGUUGCGGGGCCACGGAUGCAACCGAGCCGCAGACUUUUGGGCCUUGGGGAUUUUACUCUUCGAAAUGAUGGCCGGAUACCCGCCGUUUUAUGGGCAGACGCACAGCGAGCUGUACCGGCGCAUCACCGAGGGGAAGCACCGGACGUUUCCGAACACAAUGAAUCCUCACGCUCAGGACUUUAUACGGCAGCUGUUACGGCAGGAGGAGGGCGAGCGCAUCGGCAUGUGCGCGAAGGGGAUACAGGCCAUUCGAUCGCACCCGUUCUUCAAAGGGUUCAGCUGGACCGCGGUGUUAGAGCAGAGGGUAGACAUUAUUCUUCCGUCGGAGAUAGAGCCGGACGCGGACGUUGGGCCUGAGGACAUCACUGAGCCGUGCGAGGUCCCGUGCUUGACCGAGCCUUGCGUCCUCACGGACAAUGAGCAGAAGCUAUUCGAGGGGUUUUAA